CCCACCCAGCUGGGGGCUUCAGGGGGACACCAGCCCCAGGGACCCGUGCCCUGGGUCCUGCUCCCCGUGUGGGACCGUGCCGCGUGGGUGCGUUGGUGCCACCGGGCACGUCGCCCUGCCCUGCCUGCCAGCCUGUCCCAUCCCUCGCUAUUUUAAAGCCCUAUUCUUUCCCCGUCCCGCUGAUAAGAAAUGCUAACGACGUGAUGAAAUUGGAUAGUUCAAUCGCCUGCUCCUCCUAAUGGAACUCUUGUGUUCGUUAAUUUGCUGUUUUUAAUGGGCUGAUUGUUCUCCGGUGGCUGGGCGAGCCACGUGAGCACUCGAGCGCGUUUUGCAGUGGUCAGAUGUGAGGUGGUGCUUGAAGGCAACUGAACCUUGGUGCUCAAUAAUUGCAGAGCAAUUUGGAGAUAAGGCCCCAAUGUAUAAUUUAUCGGCGCUCCGUCCACCCCGGUCACGAGCAGCCGCAGAGCGCGGCGGGGCCCCGUGCCUCCCCCCCAGGCACCGGCUGCGCGUGGAGAAGGAGUCUUGGGACCGGGGGGGAUCCCUGCAGCAGGACAGGAGCUGGGCACAGGGUGCUGCCAAGCCAGGAUCCACUCUCCCAAGACGUCCCCGAGGGUUUCAAGCUCUGGCAGGAGCACGAGGGUGGAGGUGGAGCUUUCUUGCCCUGGGACCGAAAUGAACGGAGCUGCGCCAGGCAAAGGGCCCCAGCUGGCAUCGCGGGGCCGGAGACGCGCCCGGGGGCUUCUCACUCCUCACCUGGAGAGCCGACAGCGCCUCUGCCCCUAGAGAUGCUGCCCCGAGCCACCGAGCAGGGCUGCACCCACUGAUCGCUCCCAACCCAGCCCCGACACCCCAUGAUCCCCCCCUCUGCCACGGCCUGGGGGGCUCGGCCAGGAGGGGAAUAAAGCGGAGCCCCCCCCCCCCCUCACCCCCAGCGUGCCCCUUUGGGAUCCCGCAGCGAAGGAGAGCAGCUCCCCGGCUCCCGCCCCGGGGAGGGAUGAAGACGCCAUGGCCAAAUUCCUGGUGAAAUUCCAGCGGUCUUUUCGGCGGAGACCCGUGCGCUUCUUCACGCUGCUGGCCCUCUACCUGGCGGCCGGCAGCCUGCUUUUCCUGCACGCCGGCUUCACGGGGGAGCCCCGGGUGGCGGGCAGCCCCCGCGGCCCCGCGGCGGGCGAGGGCCAGGAGCUGCCCUACCUGGGGGUGAUGCAGCUGAGCCGCGGCUUCCCGGGGGUGGCGGGGGGCCGGCGGCGAGGGCCCUGGUUCAAAAGCACCGCCAAGGAGCCGGCCGAGAGGAGCAAAGCGGGCGACUACGGCGCGGCGCGGAGCCGCGUGCUCAAGGGCAGGAGCGGCCGCGAGAAGGACGAGGACAGAGCGAAAUACAUCGGCUGCUACGUGGACAGCACGCGGCGGCGGACGCUGCGCGGGGUGUCCUUCCUGGACUACAAGAAGAUGACAGUCUUCCGUUGCCAGGACAACUGCGCCGAGCGGGGCUACCUCUACGCGGGGCUGGAGUUCGGCGCCGAGUGCUACUGCGGCCACAAGGUGCAGGCGCCCAACGCCAGCGAGCCCGAGUGCAACAUGCCCUGCAAGGGCGAGCGCAGCAGCACCUGCGGCGGGGCCAACCGCCUCUCCAUCUACCGCCUGGAGCUGGCCCAGGAGUCCGCCCGCCGCUACGGCAGCGCCGUGUUUCGGGGCUGCUUCCGCCGGCCGGACAACGUCUCCAUCGCCCUGCCCGCCAGCCAGCCCAUGCCCAACAUGUCCGUGGACAAGUGCGUGGAUUUCUGCACCGAGAAGGAGUACCCGCUGUCGGCGCUGGCCGGCGCCGCCUGCCUCUGCGGCUUCCCCACCACGCUCUUCACCCUGCACGAGCGCGAGGACGAGCAGCUCUGCGCCCAGAGGUGCCCCGGCGAGGAGUUCGAGAGCUGCGGCACCGCCGAGUUCCUGCUGGUCUACCAGACCCAGGUGCAAGACAACCGCUGCAUGGACAGGAGGUUCCUGCCCACCCGCUCCAAGCAGCUCGUGGCCCUGGCCAGCUUCCCCGGGGCCGGCAACACGUGGGCACGGCACCUGAUCGAGCUCGCCACCGGCUUCUACACCGGCAGCUACUACUUCGACGGGUCGCUCUACAACAAGGGGUUCAAGGGCGAGCGGGACCACUGGCGCAGCGGGAGGACCAUCUGCAUCAAAACCCACGAGAGCGGCCAGAAGGAGAUCGAGUCCUUCGACUCGGCCAUCCUGCUCAUCCGCAACCCCUACAAGGCGCUGAUGGCCGAGUUCAACCGCAAGUACGGGGGGCACAUCGGCUUCGCCGCGCACGCCCACUGGAAGGGCAAAGAGUGGCCGGAGUUCGUGGCCAACUACGCGCCGUGGUGGGCCACCCACACCCUGGACUGGCUGCGCUACGGCAGGAAGGUGCUGGUGGUGCACUUCGAGGACCUCAAGCGCGACCUCUUCGCCCAGCUGAAGCGCAUGGUGGGGCUGCUGGGCAUCGCCGCCUGCGAGGACCGGCUGCUGUGCGUCGAGGGCCAGAAGGACGGCAACUUCAAGCGCUCGGGCUUGAGGAAGCUGGAGUACGACCCCUACACCCCCGAGAUGAGGAAGAUGAUCAGCGGCUACAUCAAGACGGUGGACGCGGCUCUGAAGCUCCGGAACCUGUCGGGGGUCCCGGAGGACUACUACCCAAGGUGAUGGUGCCGACCGGGGGGGGGGGGACCUGUCCCUGCCUGGAGAGGAAAGGCUCCUUUUCCUCUACCUGCUUCCACCCAGUGGGUGGCUUUCUUUUAAUUCUCCAUCUGCUGCUAUUAGCUGUUAAUCAACCCCCUGCAUGAG